AGAGGAGGAGCUGCCUUCAAGGCCGCAGAGGAAACUUCCCUGUCAGUUUUGAGAGUGACAACAACGUGAGGCGCGGCUCGCACUCCCGCAGCAUCAAUUGCAAACCCAAACCACAAGAGUAAACAUCUUUCUCCUCUGUGUUUCUCUGAUUUCAUCGCGAAUUUGGCGGAUUAUGGAGUUCUAAUGCUGUGCGUAAAAGGGAAGCAAUGGAUUUUCUUCUUGUUGGAAAACCUGGAGAAUGCGCAUUCAUGGAAGUGCCUAUUCUUCGAGGGUGAGAGGAAACCUUAACCUAGUGUGAAACCGUGAAAGAAACUCCAGCAGAUAUGAGCUCCACGGCAGCAGAGAAGGGAUUCAAAGCGCCCACCAUCCCGGCGAUUAUGUUCAUUUUCGGGGUGGUGGGAAAUGUCAUUGCAAUCGUGGUCCUUCGGAUAUCACGAAAGGAACAAAAGGAGACCACUUUUUACACCCUUGUCUGUGGCCUGGCAGUGACGGACCUCCUGGGCACCCUGCUGGCCAGCCCGGUCACCAUCGCCACCUACGUGAAGGGCGAGUGGCCGGGCGGAGAGCCUCUGUGCCAGUACUCCGGCUUCAUCCUGCUCUUCUUCUUCUUGGUGCAGCUCAGCAUUGUGUUUGCGAUGUCCGUGGAGAGAUACCUGGCAAUAAACCACGCAUAUUUCUACAACGAAUACGUGAACCAAAAACUCGCCGCGCUUACUCUUUUGGCCAUUUACAUUUCCAACAUUGUGUUUUGCGCACUUCCCAGCCUGGGGUUCGGGCAGGUGACGCGCCAGAAACCGGGGACUUGGUGCUUCAUUGACUGGCAGAACAACCAGACAACCGUGGCAACUUAUAAUUUAAUGUACGCCGGUGUGAACUCAGUCAUCGUGCUGGCCACCAUCAUAUGCAACGUGAUGGUGUGCGGGGCUCUCAUCCUCAUGCACAAGCGGUUCAUCCGCCGCACGUCUCUGGGCACGGGCCAGAGGCGCAUCGCGGAGCUCCGGCGCAGGCGGAGUUUUGGACGGUUGGCCGGGGCAGAGAUCCAAAUGGUGAUCCUGCUGAUAGCCACCUCCGCUGUGGUGCUCAUCUGCUCCAUACCUUUAGUGUUGAGGAUCUUUGUAAAUCAGCUGUUCACAAACCAGACAGAAGAGACUUCUGGGUUGAACCAAGACUUGCUGGCCAUCCGCAUGGCUUCUGUCAACCCCAUCUUGGACCCUUGGAUCUACAUCCUGCUGAGGAAGACUGUAGUCCUCAAGCUGAUGGAGAAAAUUAAGUGUCUGUUCUGCAAAAUGGGCGGGCGGGGGGGAAGAAACGGCGGUCAGUUCCGAUGCGCAGACGGUCGUCUUUCCUCCAUCGUCUCACGAGAUUCUCCCUCGAUGGUGUCACGAGAGCUGCGGGAAAUGGUGAGCACCUCCCAGACCUUCCUGUACCCAGCCGAGGGGAGGCCAGUACAAGCGGGGGCACAGGAAGGCUCCAGUCCCCCAGAUGCACAGACGUUGACGGGGCCCCAAGAGGUGGAGGGGCCUCCGAGGGAGCUGGAGCCCAGUGAUUUAGAGGAAAGAGCGCCAGGCAGGCCAAUGAAAGAGCUGCCAAUGUGCCCAAAGGACCCGGCUCUGCAUGUGACCUUCACUGACGAGACCGCAAACACGCAGGAGAAAUGCAUAUGACUGUCAGCAUGACCUCUAAAAAAAACAUUCCUCGCUGGGAAAAUAACUCAUAAGGAGCGCUGCAAAGAAAGGAAAAGCAUCUGAAGACUGAACAUCUUGCAGGCUGCUGUUGACGGAUGUAAAACUGGACUAAAUACUCAUUCUCAAUGUAUAAAUCUUCAGUCAUAUCUUUCUACGAAACACACUUAAAACGUUGCAUAACACAACAGUUACAUCAAAGAAACCAGAAGGCUUUGUAGACAAGCUCUUCUGUUGCACUUUGGCUGUGUGGACAACCUGCACCAUGACUGUAAAAAAAUGUGAAAAGUGAUCCAUGAUGUUAAUUUAUUAUAUGUGUGUAUUCUAUGUCUUCUCUGUGAGAAGGUUGAGAUGGGAUUGAGCCAUUUUAAAUCGGUUUGAAGAUUAAUGUGUUCCGGUUUUUUUAAGGUACUUAGAAACAUUUGCAAACAAUUUGGUCUUAGGGUUUCACCAAUCAGCUCUGAGCUCAAAGAUAACUUUUAAUGAUCUCCUACAUUUCAUAUCAAAAGGCAGCUACACUGAGGGCUUUUCCACAAAACAGAAACUUUCUGAUGUUAGCCGGACUCCUAAAGAAAACUGAUGUGUACAUUUUCCAGCCCAUUACCUUGCAGGGAUCUUGUUUUCACCUUAAUGUAAUGUGCAAUUCCUCUCAUCGAAGAGGGAAUUAAGGAAGGGAACGAAAACUGAUGACUUUGUUAAGUUUCCUCUCUGAUGAGUUUAAAGGUCUUGCCUUGUUGGAUUUCCCUGUGGCAUUAAUUAUAUUGUUGCUAUAAAGAUUGAUAUAAAUGCCAUGUUCAUAUUUCAAUGCUAAAGUUGUUGUUGUAGCAGCAGCUGGUGUUAAAUUGACCUGCAAAAUGCUGACUCAUCUUGUAACAAACUCAUAAAUAAACCAAAAUAAAAGUUGGUAAAUAUUCAAA